AUGUCCACGUCUCCGAUACCACAGCCUCGUGAAGGUGAUCGCAAACCGCCGAUCACUGACGAAGAACGCGUCCGUGCUGAGCAGAGUCCACAAGGACUUCAUGAGGGAGAUUUCGUGACGUUCAAUGAACAACAAGAUCUCAGACGUGGUCUUCAUCAGAGGCACAUCUCCUUGAUAGCCAUUGCUGGUGCAAUUGGCACGGGUCUCUUUUUGGGUCUUGGGGGAUCGAUACAAACUGGGGGACCUCUUGGUUCUCUACUCGGCUACUUCACCGUCGGUCUUAUCGUCUGUGCUGUUCAAUUUGCACUUGGAGAAGUCGCAGCCCUGUUACCCGUGACUGGUUCUUUCGUCCGUCAUGCCGAAGUCCUCGUUGACCCGGCGCUCGGUUUUGCCAUCGGAUACAACCUCGUCUAUGGAAAUUUACUUUCAGUACCCGCUGAGAUAAGUGCGGUAUGUGUGUUGUUUCAGUACUGGACCGAUAUCAAUUCAGCACUAUGGAUCGUGAUUUUCAUUGCCUUGACAUUCGCCAUUGGCAUCUCAUUCAUCGGAAUCUACGGCGAGGUCGAAUUCUGGUUCGCACUGCUCAAGAUCCUCUUCAUCAUCUUCCUGAUCAUCCUCGGUCUGGUCAUUGAUCUGGGCGGCGUUUCAGGAACUCCUCGAAUUGGCUUUCGAUACUGGAACAAACCAGGUCCGUUCGUUGAGUACAUCGCGACUGGCAAGUGGGGCCAUUUUCUGGGUUACUGGUCUGUGAUGACGAACGCCGUCUUCAGCUUUGCUGGAACGGAAAGUAUAGCCAUGGCUGCAGCGGAGACGAGAAACCCUCGCGUAACCAUUCCGAAGGCCUGUAAGAGAGUCUUCGCUCGAGUCGCCACAUUCUACCUACUCGCGGUGCUCGUUGUUGGUAUGCUUGUCCCAAGUGACGAUGACCGCCUCAACGAUGGCUACGGUACAGCUGCACAAAGUCCAUUUGUUAUCGCAGCCAGCGCAGCCGGCCUCAGAGGUGUGCCUUCACUCGUGAAUGCCAUCGUAAUUACUUCAGCCUGGUCAUCAUCCAAUCAAGCUUUGCUAUCCGGCACUCGAGUUCUCUACGGCCUGGCGCUCAAAAGACAAGCACCAAAAAUCUUCCUGCGAACGACUUCCUGGGGUGUACCAUACAUGUGCGUCCUGUUGAACACGGCAUUCAUGUUUCUAGCGUUUAUGAGUCUAUCUGAGGGCGCUCUCACGGUAUUUUGGUGGUUUGUCGACCUUACGGCGUGCGGCGUGCUUAUUUCCUGGUCGACUGUGCUGCUCAAUCAUAUCCGCCUCAUUCAGGCGAUGAAAAAGCAACAUUUGCCGCUGUCGAGCUUGCCCUGGCAUAAUCGCUGGACAGAAUACUCCUCACCUGUAGCGUUGUUUAUGUGUCUACUUAUCCUCUUGACGGGUGGCUUCACCGUCUUCACGAGAGGUAACUGGUCAACUAGCGGGUUCAUCUCAUCGUAUCUAGAUAUUCCCCUCGUCCUAACAGCAUACAUUGGUUGGAAAUUAUACAAACGCACAAGCAUCAUUAAUUUGGCGGAUAUCCCGCUGAGAGAAGCUCUAGAGAGAGCAGCCGGCGACAUAGAGCCAGAACCCAAACUUCCAACCUGGCGCAAGGCUGUUGGGUUCUUAUGGGACUGA